AUGGAAGAUUUUUUAGUAUCAUACACUCCAACCUCCACCAUUAAUAUCGUUACUGCCUUAUAUAAGCGAGUAGAGACGAAUAAAUGGACUGGCGACAAAGAAAAAGAAAUAAAAAAUUUCGUGAAGGUACUUGAAAAUGCAUUGGAUAUUGUAUCUAUUGAUGAUGAAGAAAGGUUAAGAGUCCUUCAUGAAUUUGGAACUGGGAAUACUUUGAAAAGUCGUGUGUUGAAGCAAAUAAUGGUAUAUAGUAGUGAAGAAGUUGCGCCUCCAUAG